ACUGUCUACAGUAAUGCCCGUACAAAGAUUGCGGUACAGUACUGGUCAAAAGUGACAAACCCUGCCCCUUUUCAAAAAAUUUUAGUUGGUAUCCAGAUGUUGGCUGUUGACGACAACUUGUAUGUCAGGAUGGCCACUCAAGGGAAUGAGAAGUUUAAACUCAGUUAUGAAGGUCCAAACGAAGAUGUGAAAUAUCCUUUGCAAGUGUUGUACUGUGGUGAAUGUGGUCUACCUGUUGAAUAUUGUGAAAAUGGUCCAGAGGAAGAUUAUGAAAAGUGCAAGAAAUGGCUCCAGGAUAACGUGCCUGAUGAAUUUGAAAGGCUUACAGUCACUGAUGCUAAUGACGGUGAAGAGAAGGAAGAAGGUGAAAAGAAGAAGAGGCAAACACGUGGUGGCCGCGGUGUCGCCAAAUCUUCCAAGAAGAAACAAGCAGCACCACAGAAAAUCACAGUAUUCAGAGCAUCCAGAGGCAAAAAGAAGUUUGUGACUGUGAUAAGAGGUUUAGGUUCUCAUGAUAUAGAUUUACGUGAUGCAAGUAAACUAUUUGGUCAGAAAUUCAGCUGUGGUUCAUCUAUACCUCCAGCAGGUGAUGAUGAGAUAGUCAUUCAGGGGAAUGUCAAGGAUGAUUUAAUUGCCCUCAUCACAGAAAAAUGGCCCAAGAUUGAUUAUGAUAUGAUCAAUGAUUUAGGGGACAAGGCAAGAUGAUCUGCUGGCAAGCUUUCCAACUGCAGUCAUCGAUAUUCAGGUUAAAAAGGACUAACUGUGAUGAUGAACAAUGUAUUUGCAUGGACUUGAACAGCUAAGUGCCGACAUGUUACUGCUAUUGGGAACAAUUUUCAACAGAAUGAGCAGGUCAUCAAAUUAUUGAUUGAACCAGAAGAAGACACUUUUCUUGAAAGACUAGUUUAUGUAAAAGUGCAGGGUCAAUCUAUGCACAUUAAACCCUUAUGAUAUUUCAUUGUCAUUCUCAGAAAUUAUUAAAGAAAUUAGUUUCUUGGACUUUUUUUGGUAAUUCAUGAUACAAUGCCUUUUAUCUGAUGGAUGUCUCUUGGUUAGCUCAAUACUGGCUAUGACCCCAAGUCAUGCAAUGCAGUCUGAAGGCCUUUAUCAACCUAUACAUACAUGUACUAGGAUAUCAUAUUAUGUGCUAUUCAGUGAUUUUCCUGUUUUUGAUUUGAUACUGUAUCGUCUCAAAAUUUUCCUGAUAUGUGGUGGAAAAUAAAUUGCCAGUUGUUAAAAUUUGUGUUAUAUACAUAUACGAG